ACAGCUGGAGCGCGUGCCGUGCAUGCUGGAUGCUGGCACUUUGCUGCCUUGUUAGUUUACUUCCACCCAGCAACACCGAACGGUCACAGUGUACCAUUUUUGGCCCGCGGUGUUUAUCGCAGUACGAGGUUCAACGACAGCGUGAAACGUGGCACGCCACCGGAUGUGGUAUAGCUUUGGAGGCAGGUCGCUUGGUGUGGAAGCUUCCGGUGAACGGUUAGAACAAUCAACAUAGCUAGAAAGAUGCACGUUUUUGUGUUCGACGAGGCGAGGCAAAAGCGAUUGGGGUAAAAUUGGGGAUGCCCUGGUGGGAUCCACUUUCCCGCGUCGAUCGUAGCUUGUUUAUGAGAUGCAAAUUGGAUCAAUCGGUCAAUCGGAGAAGCCAAUUAUUUGGCCUGUGAGCAAUUGUGUGUGAUAUCUCUGCCAUCAUCGUGGCUAAAGUUUUCGUGUAAUAUGCUAAUUAAAUCUCGCGUGAUACUAACCCAAAUGGCAGUGCAGUCAACCUGCUUGGAGUUUGUAAUAAACCGUUCGCAUUGAAAGUAUACCGUGGGCGUUUUUACCAUGCAAAAGUGAAAAUUGAAUGGAGUGAAUAUUCAAAAGCAUAUUAGCGGAUCGGUAUCAUGGCCGCUAUCGAUGUGGUGACGGAUGUGUUUAAUUAGCAUACAGCAUAAUAUAAUUAAUGGAUUAUGUUACCGAGGUACGCUUCCCGAAGGCAAAGAAGCCGUGCAAACAAAGAUGGGGAAAUACACAAACAAAGCCAUACAACCAUACCAACAAGCAUAGUGUAAAAGGUUUUUCCUAAUACCGCAUCGAUGUACAGAAGUAUGAGUGGGAUUGAACACCGCGUGGAAUUUAAAAAAAAAACAUACACCAUAAUCAUAACAUCAAAGCCAACAUCCAAUUAGCCGACGAGUGCAUUAUAUAUUAAUACUGAACGGUUCGAACCGGUGUUAGUGAAUUGCAUCGCCAAAAUUAAUUUUACUGUUGAAAUUGUCAAUUUGCCCUUGAUGUUAUUUUUUAUGUAAUUUUUGAAGGACAGCAUGUACAUUUCAUAAACCAAAUCGAAAUGGAAAGGGAUAAUAUGUAAUAUUCAAAGGAACAAUCUUAUUUCCUUCCUCUACGCAGAUGCAAUUAUGAAUCAAUAUUAGCAAUCUUCCAUUGCAUUACAAACCCUUUUCGCUAGAUAAGAUGCUUACCGCUGCACGAACAAGCAUUGCCAACCACAAUUAAGCAGGAUAUAAAGUUGAAAGAACCGCACUCCGCACAGGAUGAAAGCAACAUCUGAAAGUGAAUGGAAUUAUCCAACCCAACCGCUUGGUGCGUGGAUUCGUAUGGAAACGUUUCGUAGUUUAAACCAAAAGUGAACAAGCGGCAGCACAGCACAAACGCUAAAACAUUAAACAAGUGACAAACCCCACAGCUGACUUGAUUAGUAGUGGCACAAGGAAUAAAGCUAUCCAACCCGGGAGCCAAUGGAGGGCUUUCGCUCUUGACUCUUUCCUUUGAAACUCGCUCUACGACAUUCCCGUGCUCCGUCUAAUCAAGCGUUCCGACAAACACUUUGGCUGGUUGUGACACCCGGCGCCCGGCACUGAUAAUGGAACACACUCAUCAAUUAGUAAAGGUGACGAAUUUCAUGCUACACUUGAUUCUACUGCUGCCACUACAGCACACAACCUCGACCAGCGACAGUGAGGGAGGAAAUGCUCUCCCGAACAAUAUCGGUGCGAUUGGAGGUUUGGUGGGAAAAUCUUCCAGCGACUAUACCGGCCCGAUCACGGCUGGUGCGACGAUCACGGGCAGCGGGCGCGAAAGGUCACACUUAAAAGGGACUGGAGGCUGUAAUCGGGUGGUGUUUAGCUCGAGCCGCAUCCGGAACGGUAGCAUCGCACCGUCUCAUUCGAAACAUUCCGGCCUGUUUCCAUCGAGCCUGUGCCAGCUGUACGAGUUUGUCGGCGAUGGAGCGGAACGUGUUCAGAUCAUCUUUUCGGAGUUUCGUCUUCCGUCGACGCUCGGGCCGACCGAAUGCGGUGACACGGAUAUCCUAAUGGUUUACUACAUCGUUAACGGUCGCGAGGAGCUCGUGGAGACGCUUUGCGGUGACACGCUCCCCAAGCCGAUACUGUCCGACGGAUCGAGGCUACUGUUGGAGCUGCGCAGUAGUUACAACAACACGGAAAACAAGGGAUUUACGGGGGACUUUUUCUUUCUCACAAAUUUUGGCAUUCCAAAUGGCUUUCAACCGAAUCAGUCCGAAUGCACCUUUCACUACUUCCGGAACGUCACCAGCCAGGGAUGGAUCCAGUCACCCAACUUUCCCGGAGCCUAUCCAAGAAACAUCAUCUGUAACUAUCUAUUUCACGGUGGGCCCAACGAUUUCGUCCACGUGCGCUUCACGUACUUCGACAUCGAAGGAAUACGACCCUGCGACGAGGACACAGCCAGCGAUUACGUGGAGUUUUCUAAUUUUGUCACGCGCGAUCGCAAGUACGCGAUGUACUGUGGUAGCUGGCGCGAGCUAGUGGUACGCUCGGACGGUCGUUUCUUUCGCAUUACGAUGGUAUCGAACGAUCGUCUGGAUGGGACCGGCUUUCGGGCGCUCUACACCUUCGAAACGGUGCCGGUGGAGACGACGGAGCGGACCGAGGUAGCGUCGAUGGGCAAGGUCACCACGACCAGUGCCGCCAGCCGGCUGCAUGGCUCACUGUCACUGAUGGCACUGAUCACGGUCCCUUCCUCACUCGCCAUCACGAACGAAAUCGGCAUCAUUAGCAUCAUUGGUAUUGUGCUCAUAAAAUUCUGUUUAGACUGAUGACAACGUUGGAACAGCACACCGUCCGCGAAAAAAGAACAUCCCACACGGAACGACGGAUUUAAUGGUCGUGCACUGAAAUUGCUUCCGUUAUCAGUUUACGCAAGAAGGGCUCACGAUGGGAUGCAAUACAUCGUCCAGAGGAACCUGCCCCAGAAAAGCUGUCCCUAAAAGUUCUAGAAAGACACGCAAAUCAAGGCUCGCACGUGUGGAAACGAAAGGAUUUUAACACUUUGGCCGCCGUUCUGACGUCACAGUUUUUCUGGUGAGCACGUAGCGCAUGGCAAGAGAGCGAUGAGAGCUACAUUUUCUCGAGCGAUUGUUUGCACUCUUUUGUUUCAUUUUGAUAAGCGGAGUAGCACAUGUCGUUCUCGUUCUAUCUUUCCUACCUUAUUCGUUGUCAAGAGAAUCAUUGAGCGUGAGAUACAAAGCUGAGCGGUGAGCAAAACCGUCAUGCGAAUUUAUAUGACGCGGCGCUUAAAGUGUUAAACCAAUGGAUUUUUUUUUAACCAAGAACUUGAUUUUUGUUUUUUUUUUUAUGUUCAGAAGUUCUACCUGUAGACUUCUUUUUGUAAAAUUAAUACAAGCUAGUACCAUAAUGUAUGUUACCUAGGAAAAACCUUCACUAAAAAUGAAACCGUUUUCAUAAAAAUUGUACAUAUUUCGAAUAAAACAUGUGAUUACUGGCAAAUGCA